GAUAACUUGAAUCACAGCUCCACCGGACUUUAUUAAAAAUUUUGGCAUCAGGUCCGUUCAGAAAUCAGAACAUCUCAAAUCUGAGGCAAAGAAUGUCGGCAAUGUUCAUCAGAGCAGAAAACGUCGUCGUUUCCGAUAACUAAGUCACAUUCUCUCUCUCUCUCUCUCUCUCUCCAAUGAGGCCGCACAAGCAAGUACCCUCCGUUAACCGGAGACCCACCGUUCUGUAUCUGGUGUGUGCGGCUGCAUUCUUCUCCCUGUUCCUCUUCUACCUCCAAUCCUCUUUCUUCGCAGGCUCUCUCUAUUCGGAUCGCAACUCCGAAACAAUCCGCGUCUUGUCUAACUUCCAGUCCACUGUUCAGCACUGUGUUGAUAACAGGGGGCUUGGACUCACUGCACAUGUUGUUGAUCAUUGCAAAUUGAUCCUUAAAUACCCCAAAGAUACCAACAGCACUUGGUACAAUACGCAGUUUAACAAAUUUGAGGAUUUGGAGUACCAUUAUGAUGUGUGUGAGACAAUCCUACUGUGGGAACAGUAUCGGAACAUGACUACGGUGUUGACCAGAGAGUAUCUUGAUGCUCGCCCUGGUGGUUGGAUGGAUUAUGCUCCACUAAGGAUAGCGCAAUUGUAUGGAUCU